UGGCUUCUUGAUUCUCUUUCCGCUUCUCGUGGCUUGCUCCUGAACUCUCACUGGUACCCUCCCUUAGGGUUAGGGUUUUGGCUAUACGGUCUCGACUUUUUCGUCCGUUUCCAUGGAUCCCACCAAGAAGCGAAAGCUUGAUGACAACGGCGUCGUCCCUCCUGAUUCCGACUUAAACCUCACUCCUUCCGACGCUCGUAAAAUCAUUGAGCGCUUCAGCCCCGAGCAGCUCAUCGAUGUUCUCCAGGAAGCCGUCGCUCGCCACGCUGACGUCCUCGACGCCGUGCGGUCAAUCGCAGACCCUGAUGUUACCCAGCGUAAGCUGUUUAUCCGUGGUCUUGGAUGGGAGACCACCACUGACGGCCUUCGCUCCCUGUUUUCCGCCUAUGGUGAGCUUGAAGAAGCCAUUGUGAUUCUUGAUAAGGCCACCGGUAAGUCUAAGGGUUAUGGUUUUGUCACCUUUAAGCACGUCGAUGGCGCUUUGCUUGCUCUGAAAGAACCCAGCAAGAGGAUAGAUGGUCGCGUUACUGUUACGCAGCUUGCUGCAGCUGGGAAUACGGGAUCAAAUACCAAUGCUGCCGACAUAGCGAUGCGGAAGAUAUAUGUUGCGAAUGUGCCGUCUGAUCUACCGGCCGACAAAUUGUUGGCUCACUUCUCACUUUAUGGAGAGAUUGAGGAGGGGCCAUUAGGGUUUGAUAAGCAGACUGGUAAGUCGAAGGGGUUUGCACUUUUUGUGUACAAGACGCCAGAGGGCGCGCAAGCGGCACUUGUGGAUCCGGUGAAGAUGGUCGAGGGAAGGCAGCUGAAUUGCAAGUUAGCGAUAACCGAUGGGAAGCAAGGGAAGCGAGGUGGUGCUGGGCCGAUGGGACCUGACGGAAUUCAAGGUCCAGGGAAUGCUCAUGGUGACGGAAUGGGUUUGGCUCCACCGUCUUCCAUGCCAGGGUCGCUUUCCGGUCAGUAUGGGGGCCCUGUCGGCAUGGGAUCAUAUGGGGGUUUUGGGAGUGGGCUUCCUGGUCAGCCUCCGUUGGGGAAUCAUCCUCUGAACUCAUCUGUGGGUGGCACGGGUUUGUCUUCGGCAGGUAAUCAAGCGCCCUCUUCCCUCGGAGGUACUGGCGGGUAUAGUUCUGGGCUGGGCGGUCCUUAUGGUGGCUACGGUGGGCCUGGUUCGACUGGUUACGGUGCACUGGGGGGUGGCGGCGGGGCAGGUUUGGGUGGAGGUAGUGGCGGGCUGGCCGCUGGUGGAAUUGGUGGUGCUGGUGGUGGAUUGGGGGCUGCCGGUUCUUUGUACAGAUUGCCAACUUCAGUGGGAAUGCCAACCGGUGGCUAUCAAGAUAGUGGACCUUACGGUUUAUCUUCCGGGUAUCCAAAUCAACAUCACCAGCCUACUGGAGCCUCCCCUGUACCUAGGGUUCCACCUGGUGCCAUGUAUCCGAAUGUACCUCCUUACUACUGAGGUAAUCCUUUCUUGGUUGGAUUUGUGAUUGCCAUCAGCAUUGGGUGUUCCAUCACUUAUUGGCGCAGAUGCUUUAUGUGGUUCUGGUGAUUACGUGAUUGCAGACUAUGUGCUUCUGGUGUGAUGAAUGUAUUAGCCUGUCCAUUUACAGCCACUUUUCUUCAUCUGCACUUAGGCUAUGAUUAAUGAGUUUAGUUAGUCAAAGCUACUGAGUUAGAUUAGUCUUGUACUUUUAAGUUUUGAAUGGGGAAUGUGUUUUUGACAUGUUUUCAUUAAUGUUCAUGACUUCUUAUUUUAGUUACAACUUCCUUUUGAUGUCUGGAAUAUAAGCUAUUCAACAUGGAGGUUGUUUCAGUUUUCUAGGUUAUUCUUUUUUGUUUUUCCCCCUCUUGUGGGGUUAUGUACUGGUGACUUAAGGAUGUCCUCAUGCGGGGACUUUCAUUGUACACAUAUGAGCCGUUAUGUAACCAUAAUAAUGUUAAGGAUUGAUGGUAAUAAUUUCAGUUUGCCUGACAAAUUGUCUUUGGCCAA